GAAUCCGACGAUUGUACAACUCUCACACCACGCAGAUUACCGCCAAAAUGUCGAUCCAACAGAAUCCCCUCAGCACCGACCUCAUCUGGGAGGUCACCCGCAACAGCAACUCCUUCCUCGUCAAGCGCAAGCAGGGCGACCGUGUGCAGUUCUCCCGUGACCCAUUGAACCUCACCAACAAGCACAGCCGCAAAUACGUCGGUUACGCCAACGCUCAGGCCAUCGGCAUCCAGCCCGACAGUAACACCAUCACCGUAACCACCAAAACCCGCAACCAAAACCAGCCCGCAAAACUCUACCACAGCGCCUCUUACUCCGCCUCGACCCCGACCCGCAAGCUGUACAAGAGCAUCGUGUCCAGCACCGCGAAGAAGGGCUACCGUCCCGAUCUCCGCGCCGAAGCCGUGUCGCGCGCGUCGGCGAUUCGUCAGAGCCAGAGGGAGAAGAAGGAGAGCAAGAGGGUUGUCAAGCCGAGGGGUGUCAAGGCGAAGAAGGCUGCUGAGGCUAAGGCUGAGCAGUAGAGUGGUUGAGGGUUGAGAUGGAAGGUAGAGGAUUGUGAGGGCGAGAGGGUGUUGAAGGGAUUCUGCAGGGCUGGAGGAGGCUUUGCGGGAAGGGCUGGGUUUUUCUGAACUGGCCCAUCGUCCCUGAUACAUAUCCGAAGCUCGAGAUCAUGAAAUGAGAAGCGGAAGUCCCGCAAAAUUCAAAACCAG